AUGGUCCUACACAACCCCAACAACUGGCACUGGGUCAGCAAGAAUGCAGGCGAGUGGGCUCAGGCCUGGUUCGCCGAGAACUUGGUCAAGGUCUCGGCCGAAGAGGGCGGUGUCAGCGCAAAGAUCAGCAAAGUCGUCAGCAUGGAUGGUGAUGUCGAUGUGAGCCAGCGCAAGGGCAAAGUCAUUACAAUCUUCGACGUCAAGCUCGUCCUCGAAUAUUCAGGUGCUGCCCCCGACGUCGAAGAUGUCUCCGGCACCAUCACGGUCCCCGAGGUUGCCCAUGACACCGAGGAAGCCGAGUUCGUGUUCGACAUCGACAUCCACUCCGACAGCAAGGAGAAGCAGCCUGUGAAGGACUUGGUUCGCUCCAAGCUCGUUCCCCAGCUGCGCAAGGAGUUCCUCAAGCUCACUCCUGCCCUGAUUGCCGAGCACGGCAAGGACAUUCAGCACGCUGCCGGCUCUAACCCAUCCAGCGGCUUUUCCACCCCCAAGUUGCACCAGCCCGGCGGUGCCUCUGCCAAGACAGAGGCAUCUGGCACACAAAACAACAAGGGUAGCGUUGUGAACACCACCACCGUGUCAGACCAAGAAGAAUUCAGGACCACCGCUGAGCAGCUGUUCCUGACCUUCACUGACCCUCAACGCCUUGCUGCCUUCACUCGCGCUCCUCCGAAGAAAUUCGAGGGCGCCAAGCAGGGUGGCAAGUGGGAGAUCUUUGAUGGUAACGUCUCUGGCGAGUACGUUGAACUUGAGGAAAACAAGAAGAUCGUUCAGACUUGGAGAUUGAACCAGUGGCCUGCAGGUCACUUCUCCAAGCAGGUCAUUGAGUUCGACCAGAACGAUUCCGACGGUGUUACUGUGAUGCGCGUUACCUGGACCGGCGUCCCCGUUGGUCAGGAAGAUGUGACCAAGCGUAACUGGAACGAGUACUACGUCCGAAGCAUCAAGACAACCUUUGGCUUUGGCACGAUUCUAUGA